AUGGCGGCACCAAUGACAGCAUUGUUUUCGUUGGUAUUACAACAAAAAUCGUAUCGACCGCAAAAUAAAAUCAUUAGUGAUGUUCACUGUCUACAAUCCUCAGUAAUAAGAAAGAGUGAAUUACUAGAGAUUAUUGAAAAUGCCAUCCAAAAAAUCAAACUGAUUCCGCGCAUUCCAAUGGUUCCUACUGAUUUACCCUUUACAUUCAAACGACUACAGUUUUCUGUGCGUCUUGCUUUCGCGAUGGCAAUCAACAAAGCCCAAGGGCAGUCUCUGCGCGUUCCCGGAUUAAAUUUAGGAAAUCCAUGUUUUUCGCAUGGUCAACUGUAUGUUGCUUGCUCCAGAGUAGGAAUUCCAAAAACUCUGUACGUCUAUACACCGAAUCAAAAAACCAAAAAUAUUGUUUACCCACUAGCGUUACGAUAG